UUCUUUUCACCUCAUAAUUCUUUCUAAACCUUUUCCAUUCAACAAAAAUAUUUUUUUUGUGAGAGACAAAAGAUGGAUUCGGGACUAUCAUGGGCUGAUCAAUGGGAUUACAACUCUGACCCUCCUCCAAAUAACGAAGAUGAUAAGAAGAAAAAGAAGAAGGAAGAUGGAAGCAAAAGCAGUAUCGGGAAGGCCAUACUUGCCUUCAAAUGGAUGAAACUUGGCAAGAAAUCUGAUAAGUAAUCUGUAGGUUUUAUUAAAUAUUGUUUAUACAGCUACAAAAUUGAUUCAUUUGUUCCUUUUGAUUAUUAAUCCAUUUAAGUACUUCUGCUUCUCUCUUGUACCCAUUCUUCUGAGUCGUCUAAUGUUAAAAAAAAUCUUUAAAGUUUAAUUAGAAACUUUGUUGG